AUGGCACCAAUUUUGCACAUAGUCCGACAUGCAGAGGCUGAGCACAACGUCGAUGCGCGGUAUCAUCUUGAGGACCCGAAAUUGACACGGAGGGGUAAAGCGCAAUGCGGUAUUCUCUCUUCAGCUGAGAAAGACCUGCAGAAGCGUGUCACUCACUUGGUUGCCUCUCCAUCUUCUCGGGCGGUGGAGACAUGUGCACUAGCGUUCCCUACUGUGGUUGAACGCGGCAAGAAGAUAAUAUUGCUGGGUGAGCUUGUCGAGGUCGAGCCUUACGACUGCAACGUACCCGCUGACAUUGAAACACUCCAGAGAGAAUUCGGGGAUCUGAUGGAAUUUAAACAUCUGGACGCAGACUAUCUCGAUAGGAGCGCUUUGAGCAGGUAUGCGGCCACGCCCAGCGCAUUGGAGCAACGAGCCCGUGUAGCCCGUAGGAUACUUUCAGCCCUAGCUCAGAGUCAUGGAGAGGACGCAGAGAUUGUGGUUGUCAGUCACGGAGGUUUCAUACAAUGGCUUGUUGAAGACUUUGACACUACGUGGGAGAACGCCGAGUUGGAUUCGUUCCGAUUUAACGCAGCAUCUCCGGCUGGCAUUCUCUCUCUGAGCCGGCUCAACCCAGCAGAGCCGAGAAAGCCUGUAGUAUGGGAUAAAUUGGACAGCAAGGGAAGCGAAAAGCAGGACGAGCCCCCAAUGAUGAUGCCCAGAAUGCUUGGAGACGCUGACGGUUGUAAGGUUGAAGGUUCAACGACUUGCGGAAUGAAGCGCAGGCGGGACGGUGAGCCACAAGAUGGUAUCUCAGAGCCGGUUUGCAAAAAGCCUCGAAACGAGUUGGACGAUCCGCUCAAUGACGUUUGGCAAAAGGAGGAUGACCGUAGCAAGGGUGAGGAUGCCCCAACUACUGGGACGAAGCAUAAGCGGAACGAUGAGCCAGAAGAUGAUAUCCCAACCCCGACACGCAAAAAGUCUCGGAAUGAGUUGGAUCUUCCUUCUAGCUACCCUGCCCCCUUGGGUCCUCGUCAGCCGGUGUCAGUGGAAAUUGAUCCCGGCACAAUCAAGUUCCAAAAGCACCGCUUCAGUAAGACCAUGUUGUUAAGAGCUCGUCAAAUACAGCGCUACAUCAAAGACUUCCCCGAUGAUGAUGCCUUUAGCCCAUUGGAUAUUGCUAGAGCUAGGGCAGUACAGCCCCUGGACCCGGGCGACUCGGAAUUGGUGGAGGAGACAUAUCCACCGAAUUGGGCAAGGCUCACUCGAUCGAUACCAGCCUUCCUCAACCUGCAUUGGAACCGGUGCUUUAGGUAA